GAAGCUGAGCCACGCGCCAUCCUGUUCGGUUAGACACGGAACGAGCAGCGCGAGGAAGAAGAGGAAGAGUGAGAGUCACGCGCAGCCUCUGGAUUAUAUUUAAAUCUUCAUCGUCUUCAUGUUUCCUUCACUGAGCAACAACAGCAGACGAUCUUGAUGAUGUCCAGUCGGACGACGAGACAGGAGUGACUGCGUCUUUGAUCCACUGAGGCUGAAGAGGCGUCCCUCUGCGAGCCUCGUCAAUCCGUCACCAUUCCGUCUCCCGGUUUGUCCCCGAGAAGAGUUUCAAAACUGUUCCUCCAACGCUUUUUCCAGAAGCUGGGACUGUUCUCCGGAGCUGAAGCUGCACAGCCCUCGCAGACUGAGGUGAUGGGAAGCGUGCGAGCUAGCCGCUUCAGCAUUGUGUCAUCAGAGGAGGACGGCAUGAAGCUCGCCACCAUGGCGGUGCCCAACGGCUACGGCAAGAGCAAGGUGCACACCAGGCACCAGCCACGGAGCAGAUUCGUCAAGAAGGACGGGCACUGCAACGUGCAGUUCUUUAACGUCAGCGAGAAAGGUCAACGCUACCUGGCUGACAUCUUCACGACGUGCGUGGACAUCCGCUGGAGGUGGAUGUUCCUCAUCUUCUGCCUGGCCUUCCUGCUGUCGUGGCUCUUCUUCGGCUGCAUCUUCUGGCUGGUGGCCAUCUUCCACGGCGACCUGGAGAGCGACGGACCCAAGUGCGUCUCCAACGUGAGCAGCUUCGCCGCCGCCUUCCUGUUCUCCAUUGAGACCCAGACCACCAUCGGUUACGGCUACAGAUACGUCACAGACGAGUGUCCCGUCGCAGUGUUCAUGGUGGUUUUCCAGAGCAUCGUGGGCUGCAUCAUCGACGCAUUCAUCAUUGGCGCUGUCAUGGCCAAGAUGGCGAAACCCAAGAAGAGGAAUGAGACUUUGGUUUUCAGCCACAACGCUACGGUGGCCAUGAGGGACAACAAACUCUGUCUGAUGUGGCGUGUGGGCAAUCUCAGGAAAAGCCACCUGGUCGAGGCUCACGUGCGGGCGCAGCUUCUGAAGUCCCGCACAACAGCGGAGGGGGAGUACAUCCCCCUCGACCAGAUGGACAUAGACGUCGGGUUCGACAGUGGCAUCGAUCGCAUCUUCCUGGUCACGCCGAUCACUAUUGUCCACGAGAUCGACGAGGACAGCCCCUUCUAUGACAUGAGCAAACAGGACCUGGACAACACCGAGUUUGAGAUCGUGGUCAUCCUGGAGGGCAUGGUUGAGGCGACGGCCAUGACCACGCAGUGCCGCAGCUCCUACGUCGCCAGUGAGAUCCUGUGGGGCCACAGGUUCGAGCCUGUGCUCUUCGAGGAGAAGAACUACUACAAGGUGGACUACUCCCGCUUCCAUAAGACGUACGAGGUGCCGAGCACCCCGCUGUGCAGCGCCAGAGACCUCGCCGAAAACAAAUAUAUCCUCUCCAACUCCAACUCCUUCUGCUAUGAGAACGAGAUGGCGCUGGAGAACAAGGAGGACACGGACGAGGGGAACGGGGGCAGUGUUGGACCCGACGGCACCCAGACGGACAACAUCUCAGAGAGCGAGCACAGCCAGGCCUUAGUGCCGAGGCCUUUGAGGCGAGAGUCCGAAAUAUGACUGUGACCUCAGACCUUCACCUGAGAAAAUUCUCUGGUCCGAAAAGGCACAAAGAGCCGAGCUGGGCCUCGAGCAGAGGACACGCCCAAUGGUACUGCUGUGGGAGGCGGCAAAGUUUAAAGACUUUGUACGCGAGAUAAAGUCGGAACAUUGUCGACGUACAGUUUGACAAACAUGACACCGCACGAUGAAGCACGUGCAAUUUUGCAGGACGAAUUCUCCACUAAUGAGUUCAGUGUCCGGUGACUGUGAGAUGACCGCGGGGGAGAAGUCGCAGAAAUGACUUUAAAAAAGUGUCCGUUUUCCUGCCCAGCAAGAACACAAAGUGUUUGUUUUUAUAGAAAAUGUUUGCAAGUGCUGCUAGAAAAUAGUUCAAGUUGUUUUUUUUAAUCCAAUAACACUUUUGGUUUUAUACUAAAUCAUUGUACACGAAACGUAGAAUCUGGAGCAAAGAAAGGUACAAAUGGAGGAUUUGUCUUUGUGAGCUGGUCUCACGUCAGACAAGAACUGCACCAAAAACUUUAGCAGCUUUCAGACCUGCACUGACGUCCAGACACGUUUCAGAUAAUUGUACGUGACGGUCAUUUUCCAGAACUUCUUAGACUCCGUCCACAUGAAGGCCGAUAUUAAAAAACAAACAAGUUUGUUGUUCUUUGCGUUUUGUCCUUUUAAUAACUCACAAAAACUGUGAAAGCUCCGCUCAUUUUUGGAAAAGAUUUUCGACAGAAAACCUAACGCAACACUGUGCGCCUGUGCGUUUGUUUGCUCGCGGAGUCGCGAGAUGCUCACAAAAUUAUUUUGUGGCGUUUGCCGACAUUUCUUUCCGCCUACGUGUGGACGAGGCCUCUAGCUCUGGAUAAUUAGAGCGUCCCCGCCGCCUACAUGCUCCACCCACUCACCUGGACGAUCCAGACAAUCUUUGUUGCGCUGUCCUUUUAGAGAAUGUUUGGACCUGAGUUUUGGAACAUUUUCCAGACUUGGCGUUUGAAAACGUCCUCGCUGAAUCUGUGUUUGGUUCGUUGCUGGUCAGACUGACGGACACGUCCCCAGUCGAGUGACAGACUGACGGACGCCGUUGCAGGCUCGCAUUAACAAAACUGAGAGAAACCGUUAAUUUAAUAAAAACAGAGAAUCUGAAUGUUCUUAAAAGUGCUGCUAAGAUGUUGCUUCUACUUUCUUUUCUUCUUUUUUUUGCAGUUGAGUAAAAAUGCCAAAGAGUAUUAUUAUAAUUAUUAUGAUUAUUAUUAUUAUUAUUAUUAUUAUUAUCUUAGUUCUGUGUUUAUUAAAAAACACCUGAUUAGAUUUGGUACAGAGAAGUUAGAAUGUUUGUGUAGAGAGUUUUUAACGCGUGUACAGUUUUUAUAUAUUCAAAGAAAAUUAUUUUGGAUAAUUUUUUCCUCUUGAGCCAAUUCCAUCAAAAGCCUUAAUCUGGAGUCGAGUAGAGAUAAAAACAUUUUUUUUUAAAAAUCCAUUUUUCUGUCAUGAAUCAAAGUGUUUUGACCGAAGAUUUAUUUUUUUAUGAUGAAAACAGACAAAUUUUCUUGCAAAAAUAUCAAAUGUCAGUUUUUUGGCUGUGUGUAUAUGCAGAUGACAAUCUGCAGACGACAAUCAACGUUACUUGACUUUUUAGAGUUCUUUGUACUGGAGAAUGUAAGAUUGGAGAUAAUGACGUACUGUAAGUGGUGAAUUUGAAGGUAUGAAAGUGCACAAUUUCAAAUUGAUAUCCUGCAUUUGUUUUUUUAUUUUUCCAGCGACACACGUGUAAAUAAAAGCUCCCUCUUCCCCUCCUGCAGUUCUUUUGCAUCCGUCUUCCAAAUGUACUGCAAAAACAUGGAAUGUACAGAGUUUUGUAUUAAUAUUAUUAUUAUUAUUAUUAUUAUUGUACAUGAUUUAAUAUUGUUUUUCAAUAAAAAUGUCAGUGGACAAUCAGAA